CAAAGCUUGAAACGUUGACCACGCCCAGUGCAAACCCUUCAACUUUGACCCGAAGCCCUGUGACAUCGAAGAUGAGUCCAGUUCCACCAACCUCUGACUCCAUCAUAUCUCUUUUGAGUCUUGUAACAUCUACUUUCAAAAUUGCAACAUCCAGUAUGAAGCCUGCAAUGGUGACUGUAAUCCCCAAAAUAUCUUCCACAAACCCUACGACACCAAUAACAGAACCUGAAAUAUUAACCACAGACUCUAGAUUAUCUAUAACAAGUCAUGUAACAUCAUCCACAAAGCUGACAGCAUCAACCACAAACCCCGAAACAUCUAAUGUACGCCCUCUAGAAUCAACCCCUGGAGGAACUACAUCAACAUCACUUCCUGUAACAUCAACCAUAAAAAUGGCAAAAUUCACUUCAAAAUCUGGUACAUCAGGUACAAACCUUGGAACACAGAGAAUAAGACCUACAGCAAUAACUUCUCAACCUGCAACAUCAAUAACAAGUCUUUUAUCAUUGAUCAUAAAAACUGUCACAUUGACAGCAGACUCUGUAUCCUCAACUAGAAGGUCUGCAACAUCACCCAGAAACACUGCAAUUGUCAAGACAAAUCUUGUAACAGUGACUGCAAUCCCUGAAACAUCAACCACAAGUCCUGCAACACUGACCCAAAGCCAUGAAAAACCAACCAUGAAACCAACACCAAUCACAGGUCUUUUAUCAUUGAUCAUAAAAACUGCCACAUUGACAUCUGCAUCAUCUUCUGCAUCAUCAACCACAACCCCUUCAACAUCCACAAGUUCCCCUGUAACAUCAACCACUGUACCUGUAACAUCAGUGCUAAUAACUGAAAUUGCGAUCCCAGACAUUUCAAGAAUGAUCACACAACCUGUAACAUUAAUGAUGAGCCCUACAAUACCAAACACUGUCUCAGCAAACCCCAUAACACCAAUGACAAUACCUGUUAAAGCAACCACAGACUCUUUAGCGCCAACCAUCAGUGAUGCUCCAUUAGCCAUAAAUCCUACACUGACCACAAGCCUUGUAAUGACCUCCAAAAGCCAUAAAAUGUCCACCACAAUCCUUGCAACAUUGACACAGGACCCUGCAGGGAUACCUGAGGUAUUGCUGGAAUUUAGACUGGAGCAGGAGUUUGAGGCGGUCCUCACAAAUUCCUCCUCACCAGAGUACACAAAUUUGAAAAAUCAAGUCGAAGAGCAGCUGGAUACCAUCUAUAUAGAGCAGUAUGGGGACACAUUUAAUCACACUGAGGUUCAGGGAUUCAGGCAAGGAUCAGUGAUUGUGGACGCUGUGCUGGUGUUCAAUAACUUAAACACUGUCCCUGAAACCAGCGAUGUGGCAAAGACCUUAAUAACAGCUGUUUCCUCCAACUCCUCGGGCUUAACCCUCCCUAUCAGCACCACUAGCAUAGUGGUUUCAGUGGCUGCUCAGUCCGCUGGAGAAGCUGCAACACCUGCAGUAACUGCAGCACGUGGACACCAGGCUGCAACAGUAACAGCUGGACCCACAGGUCAGACAGCACCAGCAACUGCAGGAUCUGCACAACAAACUGCACCAGCAACCGCAGCACCUACUGGUCAAACUGCACCAGCAUCUGCAGGACCCACAGGACAGACUGCACCAGUGACUGCAGGACCCGCAGUCCAGACUGCACCAGUGACUGCAGGUUCCGGUGGUCUGACUGCUCCAGUGACUGCAGGACAGACUGCACCAGUGACUGCAGGUUCUGGUGGUCUGACUGCCCCAGUGACUGCAGGACCCACAGGUCAGCCUGCAGCAACAACUGCAGGACCCGCAGUCCAGACUGCACCAGCAACUGCAGGACAGACUGCACCAGUGACUGCAGGACAGACUGCACCAGUGACUGCAGGUUCUGGUGGUCUGUCUGCUCCAGUGACUGCAGGACCCACAGGUCAGCCUGCAGCAACAACUGCAGGACCCGCAGUCCAGACUGCACCAGCAACUGCAGGACAGACUGCACCAGUGACUGCAGGACAGACUGCACCAGUGACUGCAGAUUCCGGUGGUCUGACUGCUCCAGUGACUGCAGGACCCACAGGUCAGCCUUCAGCAACAACAGCAGGACCCGCAGUCCAGACUGCACCAGCAACUGCAGGACAGACUGCACCAGUGACUGCAGGAAAGACUGCACCAGUGACUGCAGGUUCUGGUGGUCUGACUGCUCCAGUGACUGCAGGACCCACAGGUCAGCCUGCAGCAACAACUGCAGGACCCGCAGUCCAGACUGCACCAGCAACUGCAGGACAGACUGCACCAGUGACUGCAGGAAAGACUGCACCAGUGACUGCAGGUUCUGGUGGUCUGACUGCUCCAGUGACUGCAGGACCCACAGGUCAGCCUGCAGCAACAACUGCAGGACCCGCAGUCCAGACUGCACCAGCAACUGCAGGACAGACUGCACCAGUGACGGCAGGUUCUGGUGGUCUGACUGCUCCAGUGACUGCAGGACCCACAGGUCAGCCUGCAGCAACAACAGCGGGAUCCAGUGGUCUGACUGCAGCCGCGACUGUUCCCAAUGUGGCUGUUCCCACUGGUCCACCCAGCAAUGGGGAGGGGACCCUGGAGCUUCAGUUCAGACUGAAUCAGAAAUUUACUCAGGAGCUGUCUGACCAAAACUCACAGGAGUUCAAGAAUCUGGCAACAAAUGUUACUAACACGAUACAUACUGUGUACCAGUCAAGUUUUUCUUCAACAUACAGACGGUCCAUUGUUAAUAGGUUUUGGAAUGGGUCAGUGGGUGUUGACAUGACCCUGAUUUUUAAGAACCAGUCAGCAGUUCCCAGCACCUCCUCUGCAGAGAGUGCGCUAAGCCAAGCGCUGAGUACUGGGCAAAUUUCCCUGAAUAUUAUUCCUGGGAGUAUCAUUGCACUAGAAUCAACCGCAACAACCAUACCCGAAGUUCCAACAACAUCAGCCUCUGGACCUUCUACACUGAAGAAAUACCACCUGACUUCUCUCUCUUUCUCACUGAUGCUCAUUUAUUUAGCAGAGACCCUAAUUCUGUAAAGAUCCCUAAUUCCAAAGAGGUAAAUACAUAAUUAAGACAUCUGAGAGGCAAAUAUGAUAUAUUUUUUUGUAAAUUCAUUUUAACUCACAUUUGAAGAGUGGCAUGUGUGGUACUAAAUGUGUGACUUAACUGCUAGCACCAUUUUAAUAAUCAGCAAUAACUGUAAUAACUAGGUAUUUAGGGAUAAUAUCAUAAUAUAUUAAAUUUUAGUACGAGCAAUGAUCGUAUUGAAGAAAAAGUUAUUUAAAAAUAACACGACAGAGUCAUUGGAUAUGAGUACAUUUUUGUGCACUUUUUUAAAAAAACAACAUUGCUUUGGACAUUGUGCCACAGAUUUAUUACAUAAUGGUUGAAGCAAAACCAUGUGUUAUUGGUUAUUUUGUACUGUUUUCCCCCCAGUUACAGCUUUAUCCUUUGUGAAUAUUUUGUUAGUCUUCCUUCUCUCACUUUCUCUGUACUUACACAUGAAGUAGUAGUAGAAACUUCAUGGGAACAGUACUGCCAACUGGAGUCAGCCUUUUUGUUCUAUCACUGUAAAGUACUUACCUGGGAUUUAUUCUGUCCAUUGGGUCUGAUGAAGUUAUUCUAAUGACAUUACCCUGUAUCUACCUAUGAAGGUACUAGAUAAAAACUUGGGAACUGUACUGCCAACUGUUGUCAUACUUGUUACCCUAACAUUAUACAGUACUUACCUAGUAUCUAUUCUGUCCAUUGAGUCAGAAGUCUAAGUUAUUCUAUUGGUAUUACCCUGUAUCUAUAUGUAGGCCUACUUAUGGAAGCGUGUUGCAGCCAAAAUGAAAUGAAAAUGUAAUAUGUAAAAUGGCAAUGUAAUCAUACAGCUGAAUUUAAAUUUUCCACACGUAUAUGCACAAUUUGUCUCAAAGUUAAAAUUAAAAAAUGUCAUUUGAAUUUGCCAUUUAAUAUUGGAUGCUAGUACUGCCAUUUCAUUUAAACAGUGAUUUGUAAGCUUUAUGAAUACUUUUA